UUUAUUACGAAACUGCCCGUAAAGAAUGUCAUUAAUAACUGAAGUUUGAGUUAAAAAGUCGGCUGUGUUCAUCUUGAGCAAAUGAUUCCUCUGACAUAAAACUGUCCAGCCCUUGGAGGCUGGCCUGUAUGAUAAGUAGGUAGGUGCCAAGAAGGUGGAUCAGGCGUUUACUUUAACUCUCUUUUUUCUUUCUUUAUUUUUUAUUCGUGAGAGUAGAGAAGAUAACUUAUUCUUUCAGUGACGCUUAUCAAAUAAAUUCAUCAGCAGUCGUUAUGGACUUCAUCCGUCGAUCUUCUGCGGUGUUUUCCGUGAUUCCCCUUUUAGUCGCCCGAGAGACUUCCAAGGUCACAACAUAGCGGAUUAUUAUAAUUAAUCUCUCCACAGAUCAUCCUCGUAAACUCAAAUUUCAUGGACGUCUUUAACAAUAUGAAGAGCAUGUUACUGCUCUUUGUACUCCAUGUUUUCAUUGUCGGUGUGUUUGAUGAGUCAGUGUCAGUGAAGGAGGGAGAUUCUGUCACUCUACACAGCGGUCUUACUGGAAUACAGACAGAUGAUGUGUUACAGUGGAGGUUUGGCCCUCAAGGCACCCUCAUAGCUCAAAUAAAUAGAGCAGUCAAUAAGAGCAUUACAUGUGAUGAUGUUCUUGAAGGGAGAUUCAGAGGUAGAUUGAAACUGGACAGUCAAACUGGAGAUCUAACUGUCAGAAACAUCAGAACUGAACACUCUGGACUUUAUGAAGUAACCAGCAGCAAACAUACUUUAAACAAGAUAUUCAAUGUCAGUGUUGUGCCUGUAGAUGACAUGAAGUCAGUGUCAGUGCUGGUGGAAGAUUCAGUCACUCUAUACACCGAUCUUACUGAAAUACAGAGAGAUGAUGAGAUACAGUGGAGGUUUGAACAUCAAAACUCUCCUAUAGCUGAAAUCAUUAGAAAGGCUAGAAAAAUCUCUACAUAUGAUGGACCUGAUGGGAGAUUUAGGCACAAUCUACAGCUGGACUAUAUGACUGGAUCUCUGACCAUCAAGAACAUUGGAAUCAGACACUCUGGACUUUAUGAAGUGGACAUCAGUACCAGCAGCAGCAAACACACCAUACACAAGUCAUUCAGUGUCACGGUCAGCGGUGAAAUGAAGUCAGAGACAGUGAAGGAGGGAGAAUCAGUCACUCUACGGACUGGUUUUACUGAAGUACAGAUUUAUGAUUUCAUGACAUGGAUGUUUGGGCACACUUUCAUAGCUGAAAUCAAUAAAGGAGCUCAGCAGUAUGGUGAUGAUGAAAGAUUCAGAGACAAGCUGCAGCUUGACAAUCAAACUGGAUCUCUGACCAUAACGAAUUGCACAAUCUCAAACUCUGGACUCUAUGAACUGAAUAUCAACAGCAACAGGCAUAAUGUACACCAGAGAUUCAGUGUUACUGUCAGUGUACCAGGUCCGUCAGACAAAACAGCGUGGAUAGCUAGUACUGUUCUGCUGGUGCUUGUAGCCGCAGCUGCUUCUGUGAUUCACUGCCUCUACAUCUCUAAACUAAAACGAAGGCACCUCAGCUGUCAGGACAAAGAGAAGGGGACUUUGGAUGCCCUUUUUCCAAAAGGCGAUGAACUGAAUCCAGUAUCUGUGGCUGAAGGAGUUCCCGUGACUAAUAGCUGAUGGUUUGAAAGUCACUCACUAUGAUCCAACUGUAUUAAAUGCAAGUAUAGCAGAGGAAAGGUGUUUGUCUUCUGUGCAUUUCAGUAGAGAUCCUUCCACUGUCUUACUGUAACAUUGUCAAGAUUUAUACAACAGUUACGGUAUGGACUAUUUUUACAGGACUGUGAUGAAACAUUUCAACGGUCAAGUUUUUAAAAUAUUUUAAUUUGAAAA